AUGGUGACCGCUUUGUUCUUGGCGCUCUUCAUGAACGACAUCUGGGUGCUGGCUGGGAUAAACAGCAACCUGUGGCUGAACCUGCUACUGACUCCAGUCAUGGCCCUCUUCUUCAUCGAGCUCUGCGGCCUCACCUUGGUGGACGUUACGUACCUCUUCAGCUUCUUCCAGCUCAUGGACGUCAUCGGGACCUUCUCGAUGGUUUUCGACAUCCCCUGGAUGCUGGGCACGGACGCGACGAAGGCAGAAACCUACUCCUCCUCCGACAACGACGCGAAGCGGAACCUCAUGCUGCUGAGGGCGCUGCGAGCCGCCAAGAUUGGCGCCCGUGCGGGUCGCCUGUCGCGCGUGCUGCGCUUCCUGCGCUUCCUGCCCUUCAUGGGUGGGAACAGGGAGGAGACGAGGAGGGGCAUCGCGUCGCUCAUCUCCGGGAAGCUCGCGAACCUGCUCGGGACGCGAGUGGCCUGCUUGACCAUCCUCCUCGUCAUGGUGGUCCCCAUCUCGGGUGCUGACAAGAAGUGUGCCUGGAAAAAUCCAGCGGCUACCUCCUCGGGCCAGGAGCACCCCCUGGCAGACACCUGGGCCGUCUUCGACAUCUACACCUUCCCGCAGGAGGACCUCUCGCAGCUGACGUGGGUCGACCGGCUGUCCACCAACAUGGCGGACGACCCCCCCCGCGUCAACGACACCCUGGACGAGCUCAGGAUGAUGGUCGAUUACUACGACGAGCUGCCUUUCGGGCCCUACGAAGCCUGCACCGGCCGAGCGGGUGAGGACGACUUCGUCUGCGACGUGGACGACCAGCGCCUGUCGUCUCUGCAGAUGGGCUUCAACGCGCCGCCGAGAGAGGCGUCAGUGGUAAAGGUGUACACUGAGACCUUCAUGGUGAGCUUCAACAUGCACGAGCCAGCGCAGCGUGAGGCUGGCAUUGGCAUUUGCACCAUCUGUUUCAUAAUAUUCCUGAUGGUUUUCAGUGGCCUGGCACUCUCCAGCGUCGUCACAGAGCUGGCAGUACGGCCGCUGGAGCGCAUGCUGGAGAAGGUCCAGGAAAUCGCUACGACAGUGUUCAAGUUCAGCGCUGACGUGACCGAGCAGGAUGAGGACGAUGCACUCGUCAUUGAUGAUUCAAACGAGAUGAAGCUGCUCGAGAAGGUUGUGGAGAAGCUGGCCAUCAUCGCGGAGAUGCAGGCGGCCAGUGCGGGGCGCAUGCCGGAGAAGACCGAGGACAUGAACGCCGAGGAUAUAGGCGUCCUGAGCAUGAUGCACGGCGCGAACAUCGUGGAGGAGAAGGAAAAAGCUCAGAGAAGGAUGACCGUGACGAAGAAGAAGCAGGCGGCGCCGCCCACCGUUCGCAUCGAGGACUUGGGAGUGACGCUGGAAGUCUACUCCUCCUGGGGCUUCAACACACUCCGGCUGUCCCAGGAGCAGCGCCGGCGCGUGACCGAGUUCACCAUCGUCCGCUUCCACGAGACGGGCGACGGCUUCUUUGCCUCGCAGGAGGACGUCCUGACCCUGCAGAGGUUCCUGCAGGCGGUCGAGAAGGAGUACCUUCCCGUGCCGUUCCACAGCUUCGCCCACGCGGCGGACGUAGUCCAUGGCGUGGCGCGCCUCAUGCGGGUCACGGGCUCGGAGCACUUCCUCAGCGAGCUGGAGCAGUUCUCGCUCCUCAUCGCCGCCGUGGCCCACGACAUCGGGCACCCGGGCGUCAACAACGGUUUCCUGUCGGAGGUCGGGCACGAGCUUGCUCUCGAGUACAACGACAGGUCGCCCUUGGAGAACAUGCACUGCGCCAAGCUCUACAAGAUCGUCGCCAACCCUCAGGCGGACGUGUUCGGGAAGCUGACGAAGGAGCAGCGCAAGGAGGUCCGAAAGCACUGCAUCGAGACGAUUCUGCACACCGACAUGACGAUGCACACCUCCAUGGUGAAGGACCUGCAGAUGCUCUACCAGAUGAACAUGGAGGUAUUCUCGGACGAGUCGCCCGACGACGCCCAGGCGGGCCCGGUGGCCCCCGCCGAGAUCGCGGUCUUCGGCGAGGCGAAGACCCUCGUGAUGGAGGCCUUCCUGCACUCGGCGGACGUCUCCAACCCCUGCCGCUCGUGGGAGGUCACGCAGCUGUGGGCGUGGCAGUGCCUCGAGGAGUUCUUCUCGCAGGGCGACCAGGAGAAGGAGAAGGGCAUCCCCGUGCAGUUCCUCAACGACCGGGACAAGCUGAACAAGCCGCACUCGCAGAUAGGUUUCAUCGAAUUCAUGAUCGCUCCUUUGUUCGCGGCCCAGCUUCGCCUGUGGCCGCGCAUGCACGAGCUCGGCGACAACCUGGGCAACAACAUGGCAAACUGGAAGGACAUGUGGGUCGAGCAGACCUCCCCGGGCGAGGAGGAGAAGGCGAAGGUGGUCGAGCGUGUGGAGAAGGUCCGGAAGAGCCUGGAGGACUCCAUCAACCGCACGCCGCUGUGA